UGGCGAUCAUAACAGAAACACAAAAUUUGUCAGCUGUGAAAUGUAUUUUGUCGCGUGGUUUGUGAAUAUAUAUUUGUUUAUUUAAAUUGCAAUAUAAUUUAUGUAGUUAAAAUGGAUUCGUUAAGUUCUCGAGUGUUCAUUCUGAACGGACAACCAUUUAUUCUUCAGCAGAACAACAUCAAUUCAAUUAGCAACAUAAGUGGAGAUAUUUUACAACAUGCACUACAAGACGUUGAGAACUCACCUAGUGUUCCAUCUCAGGUAGAUUCCGAUCAUUUUAUCCAGAAUGUACAGAGUACAGAAGAAGAUAAUUGUGUUGAUGAAUUGGUGGCUUUUAAACAGAGCAAUGGAGAUGAACAGUCAACAAUACAUCUCACUGUUAAACAAGCUCUUGAGCUGGGAAUUGAAUUUAACGUGUGUGACGUUGACCUACCUUCAAACACAUCUUUCUCAACUGGCGAUAAAGAGAUAAGUAUUGACAAAGAGCAGUUUAUCUUCUCCAAAGAUCCUUCCGAGAAUAUCUGUCUGUUUAAUGACAGUAACAACGAUACAAGCAACGUAAAAGAUGAUAAUUUUAAUCUCACAGAGCAUGAUAUAGUUUCUUCUGAUGAUAUUUCCAAACUGAAACUAGAUGCCAACAUCAUUGAACAAUUGAAUGAAACAGUUAAUCCACAAAUUACGUUAGUUCCCCAUGUUCACAACGGAACUAUCACUUACACUUUACAAGUUAGUAGUAAACCUGAUACCGACGAAUUAUCCACUAAUAAUGUGUCUUCUUCAAAAGAUUCAACACACAUGUUGCCAAUUGAAACAACUGCCGGUGAUUCUUCUUUUGAUUUGUCAAGUUUGACCACUCAAUCUCUAGACCCAUCUACAUUAACAAUGCCCCCAAUGUCGUUAUCAAUAGCAGACACUAACAAUCAGAGUGACAGUGUAGCUUACAUAACAAACUCAAACAACAUUCUCUCAGGAACUCAAAACGCAAUCAAUGACAACUUGGUGGUCUAUGAGAAUGAACCGUUACCAGGAAUGAUUGAUUCUCAGAUGUUACCGAAUAAGUAUCAACGGUUUGUAAGGUUGAGUCCGAAAACUAACCUCAACUCAGACACAAAAACAUCGUCGGCGCUGUUUGUGAACUCUCCCACUACGCCAACUGUAGAGCCUAUUCCAUUAAUUACUUCAGUAACGUCCAGUCAACCAGCUUCAAAUAGAACUUCAAGUGCAAACUCAUUUGUGUUGAACGGUGAUCAAGUGAAGGUGCAAACUUUGAAUAUUCCUGAGAAUGGAAACAGGAUUGUUCCUGUAAAGCCGUUCCUACUUCCCAAAGGCCUUCCUAAGGAAGUAUCGAAGAUAGUGGCCCGAUUCCAGGCGACGUCGGACGCUAGCGAGAAGGUAGGCACCAAUAAGAACCCGAUCCAAUUGGUGCAGCAGGGAAAGACAUUCACAACGGUGCAGACGCUGUCCAGCAACCAGCUGCGGAACGUCGCCUCCGUCCUCUCGAAGAACAGCUUCGACCUCACCCAGGCUGACCCCUCCGACAAGAACGUCGUCUUCGACAAGAAGACCAACACCAGGAUUAUAUAUAGAAUGGUGUACCCAGAAGACCUCCACUUGAAGAAGCCGUCAUCAUCACCAGGCGACUCGACCAAGAAGAGGGGUAGACCUCUGAAAGGGACUAGCAAGGGUGAUGGGGAGGCCUCCCCCACCACCACAACCCCUCCCGCGCCUGAGGAGCCUCCUCGCAAGAAGGUAGCGCUGCCGCGUACGCGAUCGGGUCGCCUGUCGCGACCGCCCCGCCACAUAGUGCGCGACUACAAACGCAUCCGACGACGGCAGUCGGACGACGAAAACUCCUACAGCGACUAUCACAGCGACGAUCCUGAGGACCAAGACACGUCAGCCGACUCUCACCAAAUCCAUCUGUUGCCAGGCUUAGCGGAGACGAAAAAGCGUCGCAUCUCAUCCAGCUUUCGGUGUCCAAAGUGCAACAAAGUCUACCUGGGCUUUCCCAAAAUGGAGAACCACUUCUUCAAGUACCCCGAUCAUCGGCCCCCCGCUACAAGUGAAUCCGCUCCGCCCCCCCAGGCCCCCUCAGGCGUGUCAGGGGUGGAGCAGUCGAGAGGAUCGGGAGGAGGAGGAGGAGGAGGAGGAGGAGGUAGUUUUUCAAAGAGAAAGUUGAAGCGUCGUUCGCUGGCCAGUAUUAAGCCUGAUGAACUCAGAGCUCAUCUUAAACAGUUGCUAGACCUGUGCUCAUUGACUGAACUAGUGGAGGUUGUGGGUCCCGUUUUGGCUAGCGUGCUAUCAGCCUGGCAGCUACUGUUGCUCAGGGUGGACGCUGUGACGUCAUCACAACAGCAGUCAGUGACGUCAUCACACCAACAGUCAGCAACGCCAUUACACCACCAGACUGUGACGGCAUCACACCCACAACCGGUGACGUCAACUCAACAUCAGCCUGUGACGUCAUCCCAACAUCAGCCAGUGACGUCUACACAUAAUCAGCCGGUGACGUCAUCUCACCACCAGUCUGUGAUGACAUCACAUCAACCAGUGACGUCAUCUAACCACCUGCCAGUGACUUCAUCAAUUCGUGCGCAUGUGCUUUGCGACCAGAUUAAGACGCUGCUUGCCAGUUUUGGCAACCUCUUUCAGCCAGUCGACAAUGUUGAUCAGUGUACUCUGGAUGCAGCUACGUUCGAGAUGAAGGACGUGUCGAUCAGUUCUAUGCUUGGCAUACCGUGCGGGACCUAUAAGGUGGACGAAGAUCUGCUCAAAGUCGACAAGAUGCUGACUCACCAGAAGCAGCCAGCCGACACCGAUAGUGGAGUCGGUGGACUGAGCGACGCAGCGGUCACCCAUCCAGUGGCGGACGUGGCACACGUCGCUUCACCUGCUGUUAUAACCACGCAACAGCAGAAGUGCAGCAAGGAUGACCAAGUCAGCACUAAUGAGGUGAAUAUUGUACAAUUCAAUUCAUACUGUCAGCAUAUUGUCAUACUGUCAUCAAUGCUUUCCUUCCAUUCAAUUAGUGCUAACAACUUGAAGUGAAUCUCACUGUAAUAA